AUGCUGUGUUUCAUCCCGAUAUUGGCAUGCAUUACCGCGACUGCCGUUUCCGCAUCCAUUCCCACCCACAACAAUGCAGAUCAAAUACAGCUCCCACUCGUGAUCUGGCACGGCCUCGGUGACGACUUCCAGCGCGAUGGCCUACAAGAGCUAGUCGAGCUAGUAGAAACCACCAAUCCAGGCACAUACGUGCAUCUCAUCCACCUCGCCGACACAGGCAGUUCUGAUCGCCAACAGACUUUCUUCGGUAAUGUAACCGAGCAAAUGGAAAAUGUCUGUGGCCAGCUAGCCGCAGACCCGAUCCUCAGCACUGCACCAGCCGUCAACGCGCUAGGAUUCUCACAAGGCGGCCAGUUUCUCCGCGGCUAUAUCGAGCGUUGCAAUAACCCACCAGUUUACAACCUCGUCACGUACGGUAGCCAGCAUAACGGUAUCUCCGAGUUCCAAUCCUGCAAACUUGGCGACUGGUUCUGCAACUCCGCUGAGGCCCUGCUGCGGUCAGGCACGUGGGCCGAUUUUGUGCAGUCGCACAUUGUGCCUGCGCAGUACUUCCGUGACCCGGAGGAGCUGGACCAAUAUUUGGAGCAUAGCAAUUUCCUAGCUGACAUCAACAAUGAGCGAGCGAUCAAGAAUGAAGCGUAUAAGAAGCGGCUAGCGUCGCUGAACAAGUUUGUCAUGUACAUGUUUGAGAAUGACACCGUCGCUGUGCCGAAGGAGAGUGCUCACUUUGCCGAGAUCAAUGCCACCGAGGGAUCCGUUACGCCAUUGAAGGACAGGCUAAUCUACAAGGAGGAUUGGCUAGGACUGAAGAGCCUCGAUGAGCGGGGCAAGCUUGAUUUCCGCACUGUCCCUGGUGAGCAUAUGCGAUUGGAAGACGAUCAGUUGAAGAGCACCUUCAAAGAGUUCUUUUCUCCUGUUGAUAGUGUGAUUGUUUCUCAUUCUCCGGGCCUGUUGAUGCAAGAACCCGUUGUUUAA